UGUCAUAAUUGACCGCCUCCCGUGCCAUGAGCAAAGAGCAAAUCGUUCGCCCGCUCGCUCGAUCUCGCUCUGUCGAUCGAGUACGUUUGUGGAAGCCAUUUUAUUCUUGGGGAUUGUGAAUGUGACAAAAUAUUUUUAGUUUUUUUGUACCCAGAACUUUUGUGUAAAUGUGUGCCUGCGUUAAGUGUUGUUUGUGACGAGUGUUAGUGCUUUUAAGACUAGGAAUGUUCAUGCUCGUAAUGGGUUUGUGUUGAUUCGUCCCGUUUCGUACGCGGUCGCAAGGGCAGGGAUCGAUUAGUGCAAGGCGGCCUCUAAUAACGGCGAAUCGAGGCUCCGGCUGGACUAGUUAGCAGUGCCGCCAUGGGCAACAAUGCCGCCACCGCCAACAAAAAGGUGGACGCCGCCGAAAGCGUCAAGGAGUUCCUCGACCAGGCCAAAGAGGAUUUCGAGGAGAAAUGGAAGAAGAAUCCUACCAACACCGCCGGACUGAACGACUUCGAGCGGAUAAAAACGCUCGGGACGGGCUCGUUCGGCCGAGUCAUGAUAGUCCAACAUAAGCCCACCAAGGAGUACUAUGCUAUGAAAAUAUUGGAUAAGCAAAAAGUGGUUAAAUUGAAACAGGUGGAACACACGCUCAACGAAAAGCGAAUCCUCCAGGCGAUCAAUUUUCCUUUCCUGGUGAGCCUCAAGUUCCACUUCAAGGACAACUCGAACCUGUACAUGGUGCUGGAGUACGUGCCCGGUGGAGAGAUGUUCUCGCACCUGCGUAAGGUGGGCCGUUUCUCGGAGCCGCACUCGAGAUUCUACGCCGCGCAGAUCGUGCUCGCCUUCGAAUACCUGCACUACCUCGACCUCAUCUACCGGGACCUCAAGCCCGAGAAUCUGCUCAUAGACUCUCAGGGCUACCUCAAAGUGACGGACUUCGGGUUCGCGAAGCGCGUGAAGGGCCGUACGUGGACGUUGUGCGGCACGCCAGAGUACCUCGCGCCCGAGAUCAUCCUCUCCAAGGGCUACAACAAGGCCGUGGACUGGUGGGCUCUAGGAGUUCUCGUCUACGAAAUGGCGGCCGGCUACCCGCCGUUCUUCGCCGACCAACCUAUUCAAAUCUACGAGAAAAUCGUUUCGGGCAAAGUCCGGUUUCCGUCUCACUUCGGGUCGGACCUGAAAGACUUGCUCCGCAACCUGCUGCAGGUGGAUUUGACGAAGCGCUACGGCAACCUGAAGGCGGGCGUGAACGAUAUCAAAGGACACAAAUGGUUCGCGAGCACCGACUGGAUCUCAGUCUUCCAGAGGAAGAUAGAGGCGCCGUUCAUCCCGCGCUGCAAGGGCCCGGGCGACACGAGCAACUUCGACGACUACGAGGAGGAGGCGCUGCGCAUCUCCUCGACGGAGAAGUGUGCGAAGGAGUUCGCCGAGUUCUGAGCGCACUGGAGGUGCCUGCGCGCGGACACCGUGAGUAGGUAUUUUGUAUUAGUGAAUUCUCUACAAAGACGUGGUCGCGACGCGACGAGUGCUCUUUGCCUCCGACCUCGGGUGGACAUGGACGCUGACGCGCCCCGGGGCCGGCCCCGCAGGUGGAUUCAGUUCGGAGCAUAGGCGUGAUGAAGUAGAACUGAUUUCCGAUAUUUCGGUGGCGUUCAUUUGCUUAGUGCCCUUUCAGAAUGACAUAACAUAGCAGUUAUAGCUGAAGUGUCCGUAUUCAGCUGAUAUUCCCUGAUGUUAGGACCGCAGGAGUGCAAUACCAGUGUUACAAUGCUCGGAAUCAUGUUCUGAUUAUGUUUUUCACACCUAAAUGAUAGUUAGUUGCUGAUAACAAUGGAAUGUGGUGGGCUUAAAUUAUUUUAUAUUGUUUUUAAGACAUCAGUACAAUUUUCCAUUUAAAAUUCAUGCUACAUUAUCUUCACAAUCUAAUUUUUCAAUUUGAAUUUUGAUCUACAUCACUUAACCAUCAGAUUCUAGAGGUAUUUCAAUCACUACUUUUUAGUGGAUUAUUAUUGAAUUUCCUAAAUAAUGUUCUUGUCUUGAUGGAAUGUUGUAUAGAUUUUAAAUAUUGACAUUUCAUUAUUUGUUUUAUUUAUAGUUAAUCGGUUGAUAUUUUUAUUUAAGGAACUUAACUACAUGGCAAUGUGGUGAGAUUACUUUUGUAACUGUGUAGUUGUGUUCACCCGUCUGUGCAAUUGACCUAUGUGUUUGUGAUCUGAUGUGAGAAUUCCUUUCGAGUUUAAGUGUAAUUUGUAUAGUUCCUUA